GGAAUGGAGAACUCAAUUCCUUGAUGGAUUUGUUCGUAACGUCCCUAGAACUUAUUCUGAUCACUCUCCGAUGAUGGUCUACACUCAAGAUAUCUAUUUUAUGGAAUGGAGAAGCACUUGACGAGUUUAGGCCCUUGAAAGUCCUAAGGCAGGGUGACUCCUUAUCUCCAUACCUUUUUGUUUUGUACAUGGAAUGGUUGUCUAAUAUGAUAAGCCUUAAGGCAGAGGAUAAAAAGUGGAAAUGUAUCUCUAUUGCUAGAAGAGGACCUUGUAUCACUCAUCUCUUUUUUGCUGAUAAUUUAAUUUUAUUUGUUAAUGCAGACACUAAAAAUUGUACUAUUAUUACUGAAGUUAUGAAUGAGUUCAGUUACA